AUGGCAGCGGCCACCAAGGUUGCUUUCAGUCCAAUCAAUUCAACACAACCCUCACCUUCGACCGUCUUUGCUCCCUUUGGGCGGCGUCUUGCCAUCGCUUUGCAUCAACGGGUCAGACGCUCAGUCAUCGUUCUCUUCCAGGCACAUCUGCCUAUGGGCAUGGCAAAGUCUGUUGAGUGCACCAUGGCAGAUCCACAGCAAUCUCUGGCCAAAGUGCCACAGUUUAGAGGCCAAAUGCCCUCGCUGCUGGUUCAAGAUGGCUCUAGCAUUUGCGACACAGACCUCACUGCCGACACGAGCCCUGAACGAUAUGUCUAUUCAUAUAUGGGCAACGAGGACGAAGGCCCUGAAGAGCAAGAGUACGCCCGAAUCACCGGAUUCGAUAUCGAUUACACGAAUGCCGACAACCUUUCGUUCAAUGGCUUCAGAUCAAUGCGAGGUUACCUGUCUGGUGGAGCGGCCCACUAUCUGGUUUCUGAACGUCGUUGGUCUAACGAAGGCGAUUCUGAUGAGACUGUCGGCCAAAAGAAUGUGAUCAUCAUUUUUGUUGGCAUUGCCACAAUCGAGGAAUGCCUGGUGUGUGAAAAGUCUGAGACCAUUCUUCCAGUCAAUAGAGCAUUCGACGCUUUGAUGGACACCCUUGGCAUGCAUACCCGUCGCACUCGCAACCCUCUUGCCUUCACGUUCCUUCGGGCAAUCCGAAAUGCAUUCAUUGCAAGCCGAAGAGCUGAGAUAGAAAUUCACCUGAGAGACUGCAAUGGAUCGCCAUCAGAGCCAAGUGAUUUGUCAGGAUUGGACAGGAUGGUGUUGGACGUUAUGGACAGACACAUUGCAUUCUUGAUCACCAAGAAACCACUGGCUCGCCUAGCCGUUCCAUUUCCUUUGGAAAAGACGUUGAGGCUUCGCUUGAUACAGGUCAAGAACCAGUUGGCGAGAAAAUCAGGCAUUGAGAAAUGCUUCACGACCUUCGUGCCGACCAUUCCUGCCGCGCAGCAGAUCGCAUGGCCGCGAGCCGGGAAGGCCGCAGCAUGGGAUGCUGCUCAAGCCAAGCUACGUGCAAGCCAAUCGACCCUGGAAAUUGUCUCAAAUCUGAACGAGGGCUCAGAAUGCAUCCGACCGACCAAUCUUGAAGCAUCCACCGACGCGCGCGCCUCCUCCAACUUGAUUCUUCCCCCUGUCAUCCCUGGCAUUCUCACGGACGCACCGAUGAGCUCUCUACCCUCUGUUCCUGAUUCAUCAGCGGCACACCCAGAUGCUCUGUCCGGCUUGCAGAUUUUCAAAACCGCCACCUGUCAGGUCCGGAACGUCAUCAGACGCUCCCAAGACACUAUCAUGUUUAAGAAGUUCGUUGGUCAGGUUGAGAACGACAUCGAGCAGUUUCAUGCUACGUUGCGUAGCAGCCUGACAUUAGUCAAGCCUAGUCCCGCCAGCGAGACUGGCACCCCCGGACCUGAGCUUGAUUUGAUUCUGGAUCACCAGCACACUCGCACCCUCAUGCUUAUUGGCUUGGGACUGAUCCAACAACAGUGGAAAGAGCAAUAUCUCACUGAACAAGAUCGCCAGAAGAUCAUCAGCGAUAUCGAGACAGAGCUUCGCAUGAUCAAAGAGGCCGCUAGUCAUGUCUACUCAGCCAGAGCCUGA